AUGUCGCCCUUCCGGUAUGCCAAAGUGAGCAGCGAAAGCUCCCAGGACGGCUCUCUUGAGCAUCAACGCGUACCUCCUCGGAGAAACAGAUGCUGUUCAAUCUUUGAAAAGUUGGAAUUUCUUCGCUGGCCUGUCACAUUCUUCUUGCUAUUCGUCAUACUGCUAUGCGAACUGUCCAUGCUUCACAAUCAGCCAAAGGCAGUACAAGUAGGAACAGAUUUCAACAGCAUUGUCCCUGUUUUUUCGACCGAGAAGAAGAUUUUCCGCAGCGACAAGAGAUUCAGAUCCGACCACAAGACCAUGGAAUCCGUCAACAAAACAAAACAACAGUGGGCUGACCUCCUCCCCCUCGGCGCCGGCUUCAUGGAAGUCCCGAACUACAACUCGUACACCCUCCCCCCUCCAAUGCACUUCCCCGAAGCCCCCGGCAAAGAAGUCUUCUCCCUCGCCGUCUUCCACGAGCUACACUGUCUCAUGCACAUUGCCGCCUCCAUGGACGACCUCGUCAUGCAGGUCCGCAGGAAAGAUUUUCACCUCGAUGAAAGCUUUCUGUUGCACAAUGACCAUUGCUUCGAUUAUAUACGGAAUGUCAUCAUGUGCUUUGGAGAUACGACGCUUGAGGGACAGACCCGCACACCUGGGAUCGAGCAUGUGCCUGGGACGGAUGGGACGGGGGCGAUUCAUGUUUGUCGGAAUUUUGAUGAGGUUUCGGCGUAUGCGGAGGAGAAGAGGUUGAAUGAAGGGCGGGAGCAUCUUUGA